AUGACUGGUGUUGAUAAACUUCAUGCAGCUGGUAUCACGGGCAAGGGUGCGGUUGUCGCUGUUAUUGAUACGGGAAUCUACUAUCCACAUCCAGACAUCGGAGGCGGGUUUGGUCCUGGAUUCAAGGUGUCUGGUGGCUAUGACUAUGUUGGUGACGGUUUAUGGCCCGAUUCAGGGGACAAGGAACCUGAUGACGAUCCUCUUGAUACGAGGGGCCACGGGACCCAUGUUGCAGGGAUCAUUGCCGGGAAAGGCCCUUGGUUUACUGGGGUCGCCCCUGACGCAACUCUACUUUCGUAUAAGGUGUUCUCUAAUGCAGCGGACGUUAUCACUGCAAGUAUAGGAGGGCCUUCUGGGUGGUCUCACAACGCCUGGGCAACUGUUGCCGACCGAUUGGUUGACGCGGGUGUUGUCGUGACAAUAUCAGCUGGAAACAAUGGAGACCUCGGCCCUUUCUUUGCGAGUUCAGCCGCCGAAAGUAUCGUCGAUGCUAUCAAGGCUGGUACAUUCACUACCGCUACUUUUCCAGAAGAUACUGAGUUUGUUGGCGUACCCAACACUCACCCUAGCUGGCCCAGCGUCUUCACCAGUUUUGGCGGGACCUACGAUCUCGGGUUGAAACCUGACAUUGCAGCACCUGGCACCAACAUUUUUAGCUUGUAUCCAGGCAAUGCCUACGCUGUCAUGAGUGGCACAUCCAUGGCUUGUCCAUAUGUGGCUGGCGUUGCAGCUCUUUAUAUUGGCUAUCAUGGCGGUCGAGCAGUCCAUGGUCCUGGAUUUGCUAAACAGCUAUCUGCCAGAAUUCUUUCAUCAGGCGACGCAGUACCCUGGGGAUCAGAGACAGGAAGCGGUACUUUCGCUUCAGCUGCCCAGGUCGGGAACGGCUUGGUCAAUGCCACCAAGGUGCUCAACUACAACACAGAGCUCAGCUUUUCCAAGUUUGCGCUGAAUGACACUCAUUAUUUCUCAAGGUAUCAUGGUGUCGAGAUCACAAACAAUGCAGCAGAAUCCGUCAUCUACACAUUUGAGAUAAAGCCAGCCGGCGCAUUCGAGGCUUACUGGUCCAAGGCGGCAGAUGCUUAUAUGGCACCAAGGAUGAAAUAUCAAUUCGAAAUGGGGAAUAAGCCUUUGCAGAUUACCCCAAACGUCAAGUUGCCGAGUGGCAAGUUUGAAGUCAAGCCAGGUGAAACGAAGAAAGCUGAGUAG